GCCCGCCCAGAGGGAACAGCUCUGUCCGCUUGGAUCAGACCGCAGUCACUGCUUCAGCUCUGCUACCUUCUGUCACUCAGAGCAGAGAGGAGAGAAGGUCUGGAGAAGAUGCCUACUGACCAGGAACCAACCUACACUGUGAAGCUGCUGCAGCUGCUGCUCCUCUCCACCUACUGGGGGAUGCAGAUAUGGGUGACUUUUAUUUCAAGUUUUAUAAUGGACCACAACCUGAACCGACACACGUUUGGGUUUAUCCAGAGUCGCCUUGUUCCUUUCUACCUCCAUCUGGGUUCAGCCUGCGCCUUCUUCAACCUCACCAUCUAUGCUGUGUAUCAUCCCAGAGACAUCAUGGAUGACAGGGAAUCCUUCCAGAUCUUCAUCUUCUUCGUGUCGGUGACGGUCGCGGCUAUCAACGCUCAGUGGUUUGGCCAAAUGACGUCAGAGAUCAUGGCGGACAUGCAUCUUAUCGAGCAGGCAUGCGGGCUGGGUCAAGAUAUCGGGCUGUCGUCCAACCGCGAGGCUUACGCCAAGCUGUGCGAGUCGGACGUGAAAUACAAACACCUGAGCAGGCGCCUGUGGCUGUACCGCCUGCUGUCGUCCCUCUGUAACCUCUGCUGCAUAGGCUGCAACUUCUACAGCCUGUCCUACAUGGCCGAGAACCUGGUGAAGCUGUAAACCUCACACACACACACACACAGGCUGGAAUCUGACCUCCAGCACAACUGCACGCUUUCACCUCAACAGCAGCGGAUAUAUUUUUCAAUAUGAGGUGAAAAGUCAGGAGAGUUAAAUUUUUCCUUGGUUUUAUCGGAUAACAAAAGGAAGGCGACUCAUUCUGUCAGACACGCCUCUCGUCUUGCCUUUUCAUGGAGACUGCAACCUUUCACCUAGUAGGGCUGACAGCUGCUCUGAUGUUGCUCCUGUUUUACCUUUGAGGUUAAUAUGGUGUCCUGAAAUUAAUUUAAUGUUGUUUUUUGAUGAUUUGUUUUCUAUGUGGGACAAUGAGGGAGCAUUUGGAUCAGGAUUUCUCCAUUCUGAUAGAAGCACCUGGACCUUUAGUGAAGGAGUUUUCCUACUCCUGCUCUCCCUGUUUAGGGUGGAGUUCCUUCUGUUGUAGUUCUGCAGGUUUGUCUGGCUUUGUUUUUUUUUCCUUUUCACGUUUUAGAGCUGAAGGCUGCACUUUAUCGGUCUUUCUAUCUCCUGGCUGGUUGCAGAAUGACAAACACUCAGGUGUGCAGGGAGCCUCUCCACACCUUUAUAUCCAGGUUGUUAUGGAGGCCGUUUGGGAGUCUGACCGAUCCGCUGGACUCCAUCGCACACGUGCUGUAGCUGCUUUGAACGUCACCAGUUCAGCUGAGUGGCGUUCCUGUGAAGAAUCUAGUGGUUGCACUGAUAUAGAAGUUAGAUUGAGGAUAGUUCUCUUGUGGGUUUUUUUUUUUUGAUUGCCAAAUAUCUGUGGUGACUCCAAAAAUGUCCCUUGAUGGUGCAGCAGGCUAAGUCUGUCAUGCAGGGGCCUCUGGAGAUCUGCAUUGGCCAGAAGUCCAAACCUCUGCAUAAGGGAGCGGUUGUAAAGCCCCCCCUCCCCCUCCAGUGGUGACAGACAUCUGGAUUUCAUGUUGACUUUAUUCUCUCUGAUGAACGAAAGAA